GCACAGGAGGUACGCACACACAGUCACACUGCUCUGCACAGAGCUCGCUGCAUUGCAGAGCUUCCUGUUACACAGUGACAGCCCCCAGCAGCUCUGCACCCGUGCUUUGCUCCCUGGAUGAAUUGCCCCGAGUAACCCCGGAUUUAUCACCCCUGUUCUCCCAUGCGUCUACCAGCCAUGUCCGGUAACUUCCUCCUCACACCCAUCCCGGAGUCUGCGGACUAUUACACAGUGCGGGACAUAAAGAUGGCUGUAAUGGGGACCAGCAGCGUUGGGAAAACUGCAAUGAUCGUCCGAUUCCUCACAAAAAGAUUUAUUGGAGACUAUGAAACCAACACUGGAAAUCUGUACUCCAGGCUAGUGGUCGUAGAGGGAGAGCAUAUGUCGUUGCAGAUCCAAGACACGCCAGGCUAUGUCAUGGUGGGAGAUGAUGUUUCCCAGGUGGCAGACAUGUUGCGGUGUGUGCAGUCAGCAGAAGGCUUCCUCCUGGUCUACUCCAUCACUGACUAUAGGAGCUACGAGUACAUCCGCCACCUCCAUCAGCACAUCCGGAAAGUACAUUCGGACUCUAAGAUUCCGAUCCUCAUAGUGGCUAAUAAAGGAGACCUUCUUCAUAUAAGACAAGUCCCUUCGGAAGCCGGGGUCCAGCUCGCUAAUGAACUAGGAUGCUCCUUUGUGGAGAUCUCCACCAGUGAAAACUGUCAGGAUGUUUGUCAGGUGUUCCAGCACCUAUGCAAGGAAAUCGGCAAGCACCAGUCCACCAGCAGUGGAGAAAAAAGGAGAGGAUCCGUUAUUCCCCGACCCAAGUCGCCCAACAUGCAAGACCUAAAGAGACGUUUCAAACAAGUGUUGUCGCCAAAAGCAAAAGCGCCCUCUGCUGUGGCAUAGUUAGAACUGUGGAAAAGAAAAUAUAUUUUUAUUUUUUAAUACUUAUUGGAGAAUAAUUUAUUUUUGUAUGGACAUUUGAAUGUGUAUGUUGGCAUACAUUAUAAAUGAUUAUAUAUUUAUUUAAA